AUGACUCCCACCAGUACAUCCCGGCCUCGCGAUUUCAUCGGCUACGGCGACAAUGCCCCAAAGUUCACCUGGCCCGGGGGCAAAAAAGUCGCAAUCAACUUCGCCAUCAACUACGAAGAAGGAACCGAGCGCAACCCCCUACUCGGCGACAGCUGUCGCGAUUCCCGCACAUGGGUCCGCAGCGCCCUCCCCGAAACCGAGCGAGACCUGAUGCAAGAAGCCGAGUACGAGUACGGCACGCGCGUGGGGAUCUGGCGCCUCCUCCGGAUCUUCAGGGAGUUUGACGCCCCCUACAGCGUGUUCCUCUCAUCGGAAGCACUGGCCGUGAACCCAGCGCUGGCCGAGCGGUUCCGAACCGAGAACUGCGACAUGGUCUCGCAUGGCACGCGCUCAAUCAGCCGCGUGGGCCUAAGCGAGGACGAAGAACGCUCCGAUCUCCGCCGCUGCAUGCAGCAGACCUUCAAACUCACGGGCAAGCGCAUCCACGGCGCGUUCCCUCGGCCCCCGAUCACGGAGAGCACACGGCGCAUCAUGGCGGAAGAAGGCCUGCUGUACGACAGCGCAACAACCAACGACGACCGACCGUAUUUCGCGGCCGUCGGUGGCCGCCCUAUGCUGGUGCUCCCCUACGCAGUCGACACCAACGACGCGCGGUUCUGGGGCGGCCAGUCCGGGCCCGGGUAUACGGGGUCGACGGAUUUCUUUGCGUACCUGAAAGACGCGUUCGAUGUGUUGCAUCGGGAUGCGGAGGUCAGUGGGAGUGCGACGAUGAUGUCGAUCGGCUUGCAUGCCAGGAUCAUGAGGGCAGGGCGGGUGGCGGCGCUGGUGAGGUUCUUGGAGUAUGUGAGGGGCGUUCCGGGGGCUUGGGUUGCGAAGAGGGAGGAUAUCGCGGGGCAUUUUGUUGGGUUGUUUGCGCCGGGGGAUGCGUGGAAUGUUGAUGCUCUGGAUGUGUGA